GCCUCCCGACCAGGACUUCCCGCGACGCCUGGGCGCUGACAUCCGCGCCGCGCAGCCAGCCAGCAGACCGAGCGCGAUGGACAAUCGCAUGAGGCUGGUCAAGACCCUGCUGGCCCGGCCGCUGCGGCCCGCGGCGCGGCGCUGGAGGAACCCGAUUCCCUUUCCCGAGACGUUCGAUGGCGACACCGACCGGCUGCCGGAGUUCAUCGUGCAGACGGGCUCCUACAUGUUCGUGGACGAGAAGACCUUCUCCAACGACGCGCUCAAGGUGACGUUCCUCAUCACCCGCCUCACGGGGCCCGCCCUGCAGUGGGUGAUCCCCUACAUCAAGAAGGACAGCCCCCUGCUCAGUGAUUACCGGGGCUUCCUGGCCGAGAUGAAGCGCGUCUUUGGCUGGGAGGAGGACGAGGACUUCUAGGCCGCCCGACCCGCGGGACCCGGGGGACCAGGGGACCAGGGG